CGAUUUCAUUACAAUUUUCUCUUAUUAAUAUAAUAACUUAUAGAAUGGAUAAAUGUUAUAAUAUUUGUAUUUACAUGUUUGAAACAUAGUCCUUUACCAUUUCGUCCAGACGCGUCACAUGAUUUUGGUUUACACGAUAUCCUGUGUGUACAGGAGGUACGUACUACAUAUUGCUUGAAAAAUUGACUUUUACGCAAAAAAGCAAUUACUUAAAAGUUGAAAAUAUUCAAACUCGUGAAAUUAAUAAAUUUUGCUGUUUAGUAAUUUUUGUAAAAUGCAAGAUUUAUGCCCAAUUUGUUUAAAAAACGGCUUAAAGAAAAAAGUAAAAUUACUGCAAAUUAAUUUACAAGAAGGUGUCCGGGUAUGUGAAGAAGAAAAGUGUAUAUGGCCUUUUGGCUAUGAAGAUUUUGUAAUUUGUCAAAGAGUAGUGGGAAAAAUAUGGUCUUGCUAUUGGGAUGAUUAUAAGUCAACGCCAAAAUUAAAAGAAGCUGUUGCAACAUCAGCAAAACCAGCAUUAUAUAGUAUCCCUACAACAUCUAAAGACACGUCAAAUAAAUGUAUUUCUAGUUCUAUUUUAGAUACAAAGCAUUUAAAAAGUAUCGAUAAUAUAAAUAAUACUUCAAAUACAAUAGAAACAAAAGCUUGUGAUUUACAAACUUUGGAUGAUAAAGAAUCUUAUAUACUGUUGCAUAAGAACAAUACGGAGCAUUGUAAUACAGAUAAUAAUAUUUUAAGUAAAGAAGCUACUAUUUGUUCAAAUAUAAAUGCCAACAAUUUGCAAUUAUUUAAUAGUAACACAAAGAAUAUAAAAAUUGAAAAUGAAUUUAUAAAUUCAGUAGACUCACACAUCAAAGACGAUAAAGAUUUUUGUACAAAAAAUAUUCAAUGCAAUAGCAAUGUAAGAGGAAUUCCUAAGAUAAGAAGUAUUGAAAAAACAAGCAUUGAUAUUUCUAAUGUUAUAACAAAGAAUCAAAAUUCUACUCAUGAAGACUUAGAUAAAAAGGUUUUAACUGUUAAUAAGUCAGCAGAUAGUGCAGAAGAAAAAUUAAUAUCUUUAACAAAUGGUAACAAUUUAAUAGAAUCUGAAAAAUUAGUAAAUUCUGAGCCAUCUGAAAAUAUUCAACAUAAUAAUGAAGUAGCAAUAACAAAAUCGAAUUUGAGCAUAACUAUGAUGGAAAUAGAUGGUUUACCCCCUAUAACAUUAUCUUUUGAAAUUCCUGCGAGUACAACAAUUCCUAAAACAGUAACAUCUAGCAUACAACAAACUGAUUAUAAAAUCAAUACUACUGAAGGUAUAGUCAAUACAAAAUCAAAUAUUUCAGAAGUGAAAAGUAUAUCUCGAAUACGAAAUGUAACUAGUGGUAAACAUUAUGCAAAAUUCAGUUUUAGUGCCAUUAAGAAAAAAAUUGACUCAAAUAAUUCCAUUAAUACAAAUAAUAAUAGUACGGAUUCUAUCAAUAUGAAGUUAAAUCCGGCAAUAAAAGAUGUGGAAAAAAGUGAUUUCACAAAUUGUGCAAAAAAUGGAAUUUCAAAUGAAAAUUUCAUGUCAAAUAAUAGUAACAACUCUGGAAUAAUCAGUAAUUUAUCAAGUCAAGAAAAUAUAACAUCUUCAGAAAUAAAUACUAGUGUCAAUAUAGAUACUGUCUUAGAAGAUUUUUUAAGUAGUGAUUAUAGCGUUUCUGAAGAUAUAAAUGAUGAAUGGAUAAAUUCACUAUUGAGUUAA